AUGUAUUUCUCAGUCCUUGGGCUUAUUGGGAAACUGUUCAAGAGUGAAGAUGUGAAGUAUUUUACUUAUGCCAUCGCAUUGUAUUACAAAUAUAAACCAGUGGAUUGGAUACUUUACGAUGUUGAACAUGGUCGUUAUUGUGCUCCCGAGUACAACAAAACUACAUGCAACAAAGCUCUUAAACAAUGUCGAGUUAUGGUCGCUCCACCGUUAUUUCAACAUAUUGGCAGAGUAUCGUCAUUACAGGGGAAAUCUCAGAAGUUGAAGGAACGUUUCUAUCAAAAGCAUAAUUUCAAGUCGAAUCGUGGCAACCCGCCAGCAGUUAUCACGACAACAAUGAAACCCUAUCAGCGACAUACAGCUAAAGCUGGGUACGAAAAUGAGGGGUUCAUGUGGUUCAUGGAUGUUCGCAAGGGUGACUACCUGCGAAUCGAUUUCGAUGUACCUGCAAAAAUCGUUGGGAUUCUUAUAAUCAGCGGUGUGGCACCAGCGCCGCUUGACCAGUUCGGCCCAGAAACCGAAGUCUACGUCACAUACUCGGAUGGCGACCAUCGUAUGCUGGGCAGAUUCUCUAGAGCAGGAGAUUUUGUAGCACAUCUUGAUGGACGAGAGGUCUCAGCGUUGGAAUUACGAGUAACCGAUGAUAAGGAGCUCUGGGUAAUCGUGGGCUAUUUCAUUAUAGAUGUAAUUGAUGAUCAAAACCAAACUUUGAAAUGA